UCAGGCUGACUGUCAGACGUAGCGAGUCGGUCGGUCGGUCGGUUGAAGAGGCCAGUUUUUACGGGUAGAAUUCGAGUAAAAAAUUACGUUUUUUGCAUUGAAAAAAUCGGCACAUGCAAAUAUCAGUGCAGUGUAUGUGUACGCACACAAAGUGGCAAUAAAAUGUGCAAUUGUACGGCAAGCUAAAUGCCCAAAUGAAAAUUGGAUACCCGCAACAUGCUAGACAAUAUGGAAACGCAUGAGUUGAACUAAAUUUAAAAUCACAACAAAAGCAAUUAAACGCUUGCAAAAUUUUAUACAUGUUCCGGUGCUAGUGCUGCUAAUUUCGGCAGAGGAGAGUUUAAUCUCAGGGUGCCAGCAGCAGCGGGCAGCGGCGCGCUGCCAACAGGAAGAGGAAGCAUAAGCAAUUCGCUCUACUAAAAUAUAUAAAUAUAUAUACAAAAAAUUACGAUACAACAAACUACAAUUACUAUUUGUUGUUCAUCCCGUCGCUUCUUGGGCAACAAUCAAACAGGCAUUACAACAACGCCAACUCAACAACAAUGUAUCCCGCACCGGUGCGUCACCCCGCCGCCGGGGGACCACCACCUCAGGGCCCAAUCAAAUUUACCAUUGCCGAUACAUUGGAGCGCAUCAAGGAGGAGUUCAAUUUUCUACAGGCGCAAUAUCACAGCAUCAAAUUGGAGUGCGAGAAGCUGGCGAACGAAAAGACCGAAAUGCAGCGCCAUUAUGUUAUGUACUAUGAAAUGUCCUAUGGCCUUAAUGUGGAAAUGCACAAGCAAACGGAAAUCGCGAAGCGUCUUAACACACUAAUCAACCAGCUACUUCCAUUCCUACAGGCCGAUCAUCAGCAACAAGUGCUGCAGGCGGUAGAGCGUGCGAAGCAAGUCACAAUGCAGGAAUUGAAUCUGAUCAUUGGGCAACAAAUACACGCACAACAGGUGCCAGGCGGACCGCCACAACCGAUGAGUGCACUAAAUCCGUUUGCAUUGGGUGCAACAAUGGGCUUGCCACAUGGGCCACAGGGCUUGCUCAAAGCGCCGCCAGAGCAUCAAAGGCCGGACAUAAAGCCCAUGGGCUUGGAGGGACCAGCGGGCGCUGAAGAGCGCCUGCGCAAUUCGGUUUCGCCAGCGGAUCGUGAGAAAUACCGUACGCGCUCGCCGCUGGACAUUGAGAACGACUCGAAACGUCGAAAAGAUGAGAAACUGCAAGACGAUGAAGGCGAGAAAAGCGAUCAAGAUUUAGUCGUAGAUGUUGCAAAUGAAAUGGAAUCCCACUCACCACGUCCUAAUGGCGAACAUGUGUCCAUGGAGGUGCGCGAUCGUGAGAGCUUAAACGGCGAGCGUCUGGACAAACCGGGGAGCAGUGGCAUAAAACAGGAGCGUCCGCCCUCGCGGUCCGGCUCCAGUUCUUCGCGUUCAACACCCAGCCUCAAGACAAAAGAUAUGGAUAAGCCGGGCACACCGGGAGCAAAGGCACGCACACCGACACCAAACGCUGCAGCACCAUCUCAGGGCGCAAAUCCUAAACAAAUGAUGCAACAAGGUGGCCCACCGCCGGCUGGCUAUCCAGCGUCGCCGUAUCAGCGACCGGCGGAUCCCUAUCAGCGUCCACCAUCGGAUCCCGCCUAUGGACGACCGCCGUUGCCGUACGAUCCGCAUGCGCAUGUACGAACAAACGGCAUUCCACAUCCCUCGGCACUAACUGGUGGAAAGCCUGCAUACUCUUUCCAUAUGAACGGCGAGGGUAGCUUGCAACCGGUGCCAUUCCCGCCGGACGCGUUGGUGGGUGUUGGAAUACCAAGACAUGCGCGACAAAUAAACACGUUAUCGCAUGGCGAGGUCGUCUGUGCGGUGACUAUUUCAAAUCCUACAAAAUAUGUUUAUACGGGUGGUAAGGGCUGCGUCAAAGUGUGGGACAUCUCACAGCCAGGCAAUAAGAACCCCGUCAGCCAACUGGAUUGCCUGCAGCGCGAUAACUAUAUACGCUCGGUGAAGCUACUGCCGGAUGGACGCACACUUAUUGUCGGUGGCGAAGCAUCAAAUCUAUCGAUAUGGGAUUUGGCCAGUCCUACGCCACGCAUCAAGGCCGAGCUAACCUCAGCAGCGCCUGCCUGUUAUGCGCUCGCCAUCAGUCCCGAUUCGAAGGUGUGCUUCUCGUGCUGCAGCGAUGGCAACAUCGCUGUCUGGGAUCUACACAAUGAGAUACUGGUGCGUCAGUUCCAGGGUCAUACAGACGGUGCCUCAUGCAUUGACAUCAGUCCGGAUGGCUCACGAUUAUGGACUGGCGGUCUUGACAACACAGUGCGCUCGUGGGACCUGCGCGAAGGUCGCCAACUGCAGCAACACGACUUCAGUUCUCAAAUAUUUUCGCUUGGGUACUGUCCCACAGGUGACUGGUUGGCCGUGGGUAUGGAGAAUUCACAUGUGGAAGUUUUGCAUGCUUCGAAACCAGACAAGUAUCAGCUGCAUUUGCACGAGAGCUGCGUUCUGUCGCUGCGAUUUGCCACCUGCGGCAAAUGGUUCGUUUCCACCGGCAAAGACAACCUGCUUAACGCAUGGCGAACACCAUAUGGUGCCAGUAUAUUCCAGUCGAAGGAAACAUCAUCCGUACUUAGCUGCGACAUAUCAACUGACGACAAAUAUAUUGUGACGGGUUCAGGCGAUAAAAAGGCUACUGUCUAUGAAGUUAUUUAUUAAAACAAAAACUACAAUAACAAACAAAACAAAAGAACACCAGAGGGAAUCCACAC